GGAUGUAACGCUUUUUCGCUGACGGUUAGGUUAACGCGCCUAUUAAAAGUAUACAAGUCUACUUGCCAGGCGCGUGGAACGUGACAUUUCGGAAUUCGGAUUCGCUUACAGUUCACACACACAAACACAUAUAUACACUGUAUACACAUGGAAGUUGCGAAUACGGUCACAGCUGCUUUGAUAGUGUACCUACUAAAUCGAUGAUAAAAACGUUCGCUAGUGUCCAUUUGACAUCGUUCUGAAAAAAGUCCGUCAGUUUUCUAUUUUACCCGUCUAUCUAUCUCGUAAUAUAGUACACAAGGCAAUAUAUAUAGGUACUAUUAUAGAUGUAUAUUAGCUGUAAUUGGUCGAAGUCGAGCACCGCGUUUUCCUUCAGGGUCGUCCGGAGCUAGUAGCGUCGAAAUUGGCAGCGGAAAGUAUACUGUAAUAUAAUUAUUAUAAUUAAUAAAACAUUUUCUCGACUGUUGAACGAAACGCUAUAAUGGUAAUAAACUCGAGACGCGUUAACGUUGCGGCGGAUAACUCGCCGACCAUAUGGAACACAUUGAUCUCAAUACAGUGUCAAUAACACAGCGACACUACUCGUUCGUAGUCUCUGCGAACAAUUUUCUGGGUGUUACUGUUGGGUACCUAAAAGUGAAAUGGUAACCCAAAUGAAUGUUCAUGAUCAAUCGGAUGGUUCGCUAAAACAAAUGCUGUUAUUUUUCAACUUGAGUAUACGCAAGUUGGCCGUUGUUGGAGUGUCUUGUCCGUUGUUCACUUUAUUAAUAUGCUUGGUCACAGCAUGCAUUUUUCAGUACGAUGAUGUCCACGAAACGCAUUGCCGAGUUUUUAAUGUGCUACCUUCAAUUAGCGCCAUUACCGGGAUAACUCCCCAAACGUACUUGUGGAGAUUCGCUGUUGCAUUUCAUGUAGGACCACGCAUAGUAAUAGCCCAAGUAUACUAUAACUAUUUUAUCAGCUUGCUUUCAAAACCUGAUCAGACUGCCACAUCUGUGUUUGUCAAUUUGUGUUACUGGCUUAAUCUAAUUGAAAUAAUUACAAUCUGUGGUGUAACCUACAUAUCAAAUAGAGAGAACUAUCCUGUUCAUGAAAAAAUCUUCAUAUUGUUCAUGCUUAGUUCUUUGCUCUACAUGACUGCUAUGAUAAAAACUUAUGGAAUGACGCACAAAUCAAUGACGGAUUAUCAGCGUAAAUCAUACAGAAUCAAAAAAAUACUUUUUACUGUGUGCGUAAUAUCAACAUUUACGUUGAUAUUGUUCUUCAUAAAACAUCGAUAUUACUGUCAUGAUUUGGCUUUUACAUGGUUUGCACUAAGUGAGUAUGUACUAGCUAUAUCUAAUAUGGCGUUCCACUUUACCAUUACAUUGGAUUUUCCAAAUGAGCAAUUAAUUGUCGCCAAAAACUUCCCUCUACUCAAAACAGAUUGAUAGCUUUGAUUUUACUAAACUAAAAAUUGACCAUACCUGUGGUACAUCCUACUUCCACUUUCCAGUCACUAAAUACCGUAUAUUUUAGCAUAAUUUAUUGCUUUUGUUAAUGUUUUCCAUACCAACUUUUAUAUUGUUGUCAAGAAAGGUACAGUUCCAAUCUAAAUCAGGAUUGUUGAAUAUAAGUAUAAUUAAUUGACUGUUAAACUUAUAAAAAGUUAAUUUGUUUUUACGUGCAUAUCAGAGUUGGCAAAUUAAAUUCAGCAGGUAUUUUUUUUUGUUUGAGCGUACCCCAAAAAACUUAAAUAGGUAAAUUGUUAAAAAAAAAAGUCCGGGUUAUACUAAUGUUAUUGCAUAACAUUUUAUUAGUAUGAAAAUUAGUAUUAAUAAUUUAAUGAAUUUUAACAGUCGUAAGAACCAAUGAGAUAUGUAUGAUUUACCAAACUAUUUUAAAAUCUGGCUAUACAUUUAUACAUUAUAUAUAAAAUCUAUGUAAUUAUCCGUUUGUGUAAGUACACUUAUGUGUUUCUAAACCUAUGGAUACAUAUUAAAUACGUAUGUUUUUAGAGUUAAUUUUCGAUACAAAGAUUUAAACGCACAUGAUGUAAAAUAUCAGAAUUGUCAUCCUCAUUAUUGUUACCAACAAUUAAAAUAUAGAUACAAAUAAUAACUAUUUACCUAUUUUAAAGUGUUUAUAAUUAUAAUGUGAUACAAUAAAUAAUAAAAUGGUAACAAUCACAUACUAUGUAUAGAAGUACACCGACUUUAAAAUAUGAGAUGCUUAAUAUUAGAAAUAUUUUAUCGAUUGUUUUAAUGCCUAAUUUUUAGUUUUUUUUUUAACAGAGUCAGUUAUAUCUGUUGCGAUACAUAUUACAUAUACUAGGAGAUUAGAUAUUCCAACAAUACCUGUUUAUGAGUAUAAUGUUUAGCAGUUAAGUUGUCUGUACUUCCUGAAUGCAAAUGUGUACCUUUUAAAAUAUUUUAUACACACCUGAAAGUCUACCAAUCUGCUAUAUAUAUAUUUUUAAAUUGACCUAUUGCUAAUUUUUUUAUUUAUCUUGGCCUUGUAUAAUUGUUAUAAAACUAUACCAAAUUGUUUAUUGCGUUCAAAUUUUUAAUUUACCUCUAAAUUUGUUAAUUUUCUUUUAACAUAAAAAAAAAAAUCAUUAACGUGAUAUAGUUUAUCUUUGUUUAAUAAUAGUUUGUGUUGUAACUAAUUAAUAGUAAUUAUUAUUAUUAUAAUUUAAAAUGUUUUUUUUAGUCACGAUCUUGGAAUUAGUUGUGCAACUUUAUUACGUAUGAGUAUGAGACUUGAUAAGUUUUAAUCUUCCAGGGAUUUAGAAUUAGUUCUUAAUAAUUUUACAGCUUCCAUAUUAUGGUGUUUUCUGAUUAAUUUGAAUCUUACAGACUAAAUAUUAUAUUGUUAACUAGUCAUAUUCUUCUCACAGUUUCUACGUUCUAGUCAAUUUGUAAAGUCACACUAACAGUUUGUAAUAUUUAUAUAAAUGGCAUAGUGCAUUCUUGUUGAGUAUAUUAAGUAGCAUAGCAAUAGAUACCUAGUAGCAUUCUACUCAUUAUAUUUUCAAACCCUAUGCUUUUGAUAAAUUAUUAUGUUUACUACCUAUUAUUUUGUUAUUUUUAUUGUUUACUUACACUUGUUAUUUUCUAGUCUUUAUUUUAUUCAUAUU